ACUGAGAUCUACAUUUUUCUAUGUGGUUAUUAGUUAACAAACAAAUAGAUAUUGGAUACAGUAAAAUCCUUGUUUUUUAUCUGAAAAAUAGACAGUUUAAAAGUUUCACUAUAAAUCUAUAACACCUGAAGAAUAUCGCAUAAUCAGGCUGACAAACUGGAUUGAGAACAAUGAUGGACUCGGACUCGUCCGGUGCGGACUUCUGCAGGUUUUGCAGAUCAGAAGCGUCUUCCGAUAGACCUCUGUUCCAUCCAUGUAUAUGUACAGGAUCAAUUAAAUGGAUCCAUCAAGAAUGUCUCGUUCAAUGGAUGCGAUAUUCGCGGAAAGAAAUAUGCGAAUUGUGUGGGCACCGGUUUUCAUUUAUGCCGAUAUACUCGCCGGAUAUGCCGCGAAGAUUGCCUAUAAAGGAUGUUGUUGGCGGGCUUGUGACCUCAGUUGCAUCUGCUGUUAAAGACUGGUUACACUACACCCUUGUAGCACUCGCCUGGCUUGGUAUAGUACCUUUAACAGCAUGUCGAACAUACCGCUGUUUAUUUUCAGGGUCCUUAGACCCCGUAAUUUCAUUACCAUUUGAUAUUGUAUCAGCUGAGAACCUGGCCAAAGAUGUUUUCUCUGGAUGUUUUGUUGUAACAUGCACCUUAUUUGCUUUUGUUGGGUUGGUGUGGUUAAGAGAACAGAUAAUGCAUGGGGGUGGCCCUGAUUGGAUGGAACGGGAAAAUUUACCUCCUCUUGCAGUAGAUGAAAUCCUUUUAGAAGAUAAUAACAAUGACCACGUAAAUGAAGGGGCGGGUGAUGAUGGUGUGGCAAGAGAAGAGCCAAAUCCCGAGGCUGGUGAUGACCCUUUAGUGGGUGAUGUAGCAAAUUGGAAUCCCAUGGAAUGGGAUCGAGCAGCGGCAGAGGAACUGACAUGGGCUCGACUGCUCGGUCUAGAUGGGUCUAUGGUUUUCCUGGAACAUGUAUUUUGGGUGGUGUCAUUAAACACAUUGUUUAUUGUGUUUGCCUUUUGCCCAUACCACAUAGGCAAAUUGGGGGCAGCCAUGGCUGGCUUAGCUGCAGAAGGACCUUUUGCUGGCUUGUUAACAGCAUUGGCGGGAUAUGUGAUUGUAGGAGCCAUACUUGCAGUGCUACAUGGUAUGGCAUCUCUGCUUAGACUGAGAAGUGCAAAAAAAGCAUUAGGAUUUUGCUAUGUGGUAGUGAAAGUGGCAUUAUUAUCUGUUGUAGAAAUUGGUGUUAUACCACUUGUGUGUGGAUGGUGGCUGGAUUUGUGUUCUUUGUCAAUGUUUGAUGCAACACUCAAGGAUAGAGAGUCCAGUCUUCAGGCUGCGCCAUGGACUUUAAUGUUCAUCCAUUGGCUUGUUGGAAUGGUCUAUGUGUACUACUUUGCUUCCUUUAUCCUAUUAUUAAGAGAAGUGUUAAGACCCGGUGUUUUAUGGUUUUUGAAAAAUCUUAAUGAUCCCGAUUUCAGUCCCGUGCAGGAAAUGAUUCAUCUCUCGGUGUGGUCUCACAUACGCCGUCUCGUUGUGUCCGCUAUGGUUUUCGGCACGGCCGUACUAUUCAUGCUAUGGCUUCCAAUACGUGUAAUAAAAUACGUUCUACCCGGCUUCCUGCCUUACGCGGUCGCUGUGCACACCGAUGCGCCGGUCAAUGAACUCAGUUUGGAGCUUCUGUUGCUACAGGUUAUCCUACCGGCUUUGCUGGAACAGUCUCAUACCAGGACGUGGUUGAAGGCCGGUCUACGUGCGUGGUGCGGCUGCGCUGCCGGCCUGCUAGGGCUUCGCUCUUACUUACUCGGGGAGGCCUCGAGAGAGAACGAGCCCCACCCACCACCACACCCACCACAUCAGUUAGGAGCCGCUCAUAGGGCUCUAAUAUGGCGAGAUGGACCGGCUGGUUUCGAGCCUUACGUUCGGGUGUCCUGGUUCCCUUUACGUCUCGGAGCGUUAUUGGCACUCGUAUCUGUGUCCUUGGUGUUGGCCAGCGCUCUCACAUUGGUUAUUCCGGUAGCCAUUGGCAGAAAAGUCAUGACGAUCUGGCUACCAAAGGCAUCAGAGGGAGUACACGAGCUAUACACGGCCGCUUGCGGUAUGUACGUGUGUUGGGCGGUUGGUCGCGGCGGUGCGUUGGCCGCUGGUUGGGCUCGCGGCGGUCGUGCAGCACUUCUGGCACGUGCGGCACUGUGGACCAGGAGGGCGGCGCGGGCGGCACUAGCGGCACUCGCACUGCUGGGUUUGGUGCCGCUCAUGUUCGGACUGCUCCUAGAAUUGGUCCUAGUGAUUCCUCUCAGGGUUCCCUUGGAGCAGUCUCCGGUACUGUUUGUAUGGCAGGAUUGGGCUUUGGGUGUUCUAUACACCAAGAUAGUCUGCGCUCUCACAAUGAUGGGACCGGACUGGAGUAUGAGGCGGGCCAUUGAGAAAGCUUAUAGAGACGGCAUUAGAGAAAUGGAUUUGCAAUUUAUCCUGCGAUCUGUGGCCGCGCCACUGGUCCGCUGGCUGGGGCUUGCGCUGGCCGUACCGUACGUGCUGGCACACAGUGUGGCGCCACUGGUACUGAGCGCGCACGCGCAGAGGAACCUGCUGGUGCGACGGGUGUACCCUGCCUUGUUGCUUAUAGCACUACUGGCUGCGCUCGCCCUCUUCCAGAUUCGCCAGUUCACAAAACUGUACGAGCACAUAAAGAACGACAAGUACCUGGUCGGCCAGCGGCUCGUGAACUACGACCACCGCCGACACAAACACACGGUCACCUCGAACUGAGAUAUGUUAAGGGAUAGCUGCUUAUUUUGUUUCGUUUUAUGUGAAAUAAAGCAAUAUUAAAUAUUGUUCUCUUAGGUCUUGUCAUUUACUCGAUGUGAUAAUUAAACUUGAUUUCUAUUUACUUAAAGUAAGCUAUAUAUAUACACAAAAUAUAUAUAUUGUGAACAUCAUAUAUGUUGACACAACGUCGCUAUCAUUAUGAUUAUUCUGGCGGAAUGUUAAGUUCAUUUCAAUCUUAUCUCAAAUGUUUGAAUCACAGCUUCUGUGUGUGCUGAGAGGCAAUCAAACUUUGUAUUUCAUAAUAUUUCUUCCCGUCUCAGUGCGAACACCUCGUUUAAUGUAAUUCACAGCAAACAUCUUCAUACUGAUGACGUCGUUGUGAUAAUUUUUUCGAUUUUUAAAUUACACAUCAAUUCAAAUAUUCUCAACAGUCAGCUGUAGUUUGAAGUUUUAGGAAUUGAAAAUUUUUUUUUUGAGUUUUUUUUUUUAAUAAUUUAUAAAGACGUAAAGUGAGAUCAUAAUGUCGAUUGCAGUGUUCCAUCACUUAUCUUUCUUACAGCAUCCGGACUCGCGCGGCUUUUGUUUGUUUUAUUGUAUAAGUUGUAUGUAAAAUAUGUUAAAAUUUUUUUAUAGUAUAAAAUUAAGUAUUGGUUGUUUCAAAUAAAUAUUGAAAACUUUUUAGUGAACAGUUAGUUGCAUCUUAUAUAAACCUUUUGAAUGGCAAAGCGGGAGGGUCUUUAGGUUUUUACUGAGAAUAUCUUCAGUGGCUUAACCAAAAAUAUAAAACAAAAGAUAAUCGUUCUUAACUCUUUGUUGAAUUUAUUUUUGUGGUAUUUGAAAGGCUAUUUAAGUGCUAGGCUUAGGAUUUGAUGUAUUUAUUCCAAGUUAUGUUCUGACGAUAUUCUCUACAUUUUCAUAAGACAUUUUGAGAAGAAAUAUAUUAAGAGCCGGUUCCCGAACUCGGUUCAUAGAAACUAGUAAUAAUAAUAAUAAUAAUAAUAAAUUCUCAAUGCAUCCUUAUUUCGUUUUCAUUAGGGCUAUGUAAUAUUCGCUUACGUAUUUGUAUAAAUGAUUAAAUGUUUAUAUGGAUGUUGGAUUACCUACUUAAAUGUAUAAUGUAUAGAGUCCAUGUUCGUGUGGCGACGCGGGAAAAUUGUUAGUUGAAUAAUUUAGGUAACACAAUCGGUUUAACGUAUAUAUUAGAGUUAAUAAAAGAUGAUAGUUUUUAUAAGUAUGUAGUCAUUUAACUUAUUUAUUACACCCCGCUCAAUAUGUAUGUUUUGUUUCUUUCUGUUAAAUAUUUAUUUUGGCUUUGUCUUUAAAUUUCUUUUUAGUCAUUUUGUUUGAUGUAUACAGUUUUGUUAUGUAUAUAUUUAUAUAUAUAUUUUUUCGUAAUAAAUCUAUAUGUUUUGAAGGAUAUGUGAAGCGUAUGGAAAUGUGAAGUUUUAAUAAAAUUGUAAAUGCAACGCCUGGGGCUGAAUAAUUAUGAUGCGGACAGUUUAGUUAGAGGGAGAAAUUAGUUAACGAUUUAAUAAAAGAAACAAAUAAAA